AUGGAGAAAAAGGAGAGCGCUUUCGCUUUGAUGGUGGACUUCACUAUCACGCUAUUAAGCACAUCAGCUUCUUUGCGAUGGAUUACAAAGAACUCUGCGAAGGCAUCCGCAAUCCCGGAACAAGCUCCGGGUACCUGGAGUUUAAAGAAGGCGUUCCCACCGCUUACCCGGAAUCAGCUAAAAGUAAACCCAGGACCAGCGCCAAAGCCUCCCUCACCUCGGUCUCCGCGUCUCUGCCACGCCUUGCUUGGCGCUGCCUCACCACCCCCGAAGUCUGAUAUCGAAUCGCAACCCCUAACUAAAGCCAAGACGGUUCUGAAGCACGGGUUCAAGCCUGAAGACCAUGAUCUGGAUCCCCGAGUCGACUACAGCCCGCGUUAUGAAGAGCCCCUGCAUUCGCACGCACGUGUGCAAGUGUGCCUGCGAAUCAUUCACGUGUGGUCACCCAGACGUGUCGAGACGAAUGGGAACCCACAGUGUCUAAACCUUGCAAGUAUCCUCGACCUCCCAACGCAGCGACAAAACACUUCCUGGCUUAACAGCGGCACAGACACCCUCUAUGAAAGCAAAACGUUUACCUUGAAAUCGCCGUUCACCGCUGGAUCAAAUCGGCACAGCCAUUCAGCGGGGGCUGGGUCCCCUCCCCCUCCUGCCCGGCGCUUUCUCGCCCCCAUUCACCUCCCACCCGCUCUGACAGCCCAUCACCAAACGUGUCCAGCCAAUAUUAAACUUGAGCGUUUACAACUUUAAUUCAGUUCUGGCUCGCCAGGGUCGAAAAGCUUCCCUCUCACCCCACUCCCGAUUCCCUCCUCCCUGCUAUCAAAGGAGCCCGAAAAUUUGAGCAAAUAAAGUUGAAUGAGCCGGGCAAGGCUGACAUUUCUGACUGGGAAACGCACCUCCGAUGUAAAUUCGCGGGGAGGCUGCACAUUCUCAGAGUCUCAGAUUUUUUCUUUUCUUUUUUUUUUUUUUUUUUUUCUUUUUUGGAGAGCGGGGGCGGGGAAGCUGUAUCUGUUUCCCCCCUCCUGCCCACAAAGAAUUAAACCCUGGAUCGUCGUCCUAAGCAU